UUUCUGUUCAGAAUAACUCGAUCUACCUACACACGUCGGCUUUAUAGUUCGUUGUCAGACACCCUGUAUAAAGAACAGAUUUAAUAAACCGAUCAAUUUUUAUAAAAAUUUUGCCAUACUUUACAAGUUGAUUAAAAGUUAAAUAGAUAUUAAAUAGAUAUUAAAAGUCAAAUUUUUUACAUAAAUGUUACAUACAUGUAUAUAUGAUAUCAUAUCGCAUGUCACAUAUACAUUUUGCGCAAUAAUGUGAUACUUAGUUAUUAUGAUGCUCAAGUCAUGUAAAAAAUUUAAACAUGUAGUAGUAAUGUUUUUGUAACUCGAGAUGCAAUCUGCAAGCACAGUGAUCUACACUCAGUAGUCAGCAAUAUGGCAACUUUAACAUUAGCUAAAGCAGCUUUAAGAACAAAAAUCAAAAAUAUUCUCAAAAAUAUCAGCACAGAAGAAAAAGCGGAGCAAUCUGCAAAUGUCUUUAAAAAGUUGUGCGCAUUACACGAAUAUCGAUGCAGCAUAAGAGUUUCGAUAUAUUUGAGUACAAAAGAUGAAAUUGAUACUAUGUCCAUUUUACAACACAUGUUUGAAACGGGGAAGGAAGUUUUUGUACCACAGUAUCAUGGAAACAAUAUGGAAAUGGUACAUUUGAAAUCAAUGGAAGAUUACAAGACAUUACCAUUAACGAAAUGGAAUAUAAAACAACCCAACCGAACUGAAUAUCGUAAAAACGCAUUAGAAACAGGCGGAUUAGAUUUAAUAAUUUUACCAGGUGUUGCUUUCACUAAAACUGGAAAACGUUUGGGACAUGGUAUGGGAUAUUACGACAAAUAUCUAAAAAGGUGUUUCCAAAAUCAAAAAACAAAGCCGUAUUUAAUCGCUUUAGGAUUCAAAGAACAGAUACAAGAUGAUGUUCCUACUAAUGAAAAUGAUGUAGCUGUUAAUACAGUACUUACUGGCUGAUAUAAAUACAUAAUGUAUUCAUGUUUGCAACAAAGGGUUUUCUUUCGCUACAGCAGACAUACAGCGCGCGGUAUACAAUAGGAGUUCAACCGCGACCUACAGUCUGGUUCAAGUGAAGCUUGUUGUAAUCAUUGCCGAUAAGAUUUAGUGAGCGCUUUCAGUUCGCUCCGAGCAAUUUAAAAUGGGCGCUUUUUGUGUUAGCGGACUGAACUAAGUUAAGCGCCUUUAGGCGCCAAUAGUAGCAAAAAGGUUACACAGUAGUACUUCGGUGACGUGCCGAAUUUUUUCCUCGGUAUCAUGCCGGGAGUCAUCCCCACCAAUUCCUAGAAGUGCUUCGCCGAGGCUUUGCGCAAAUUGGUGGAAAUGACUUUGCGGCAGUCGAGCCUGUGAUCGAGCCUACCAGAGAUAACAGCCGGCAGUUUUUGGAACAUAUACUUUCCUUGACAUCUUUCCGCUGGCAGAACCGAGAAGCGGAAAGUUAGCGAGACAUUACUGUAUAUUUUCGAACAUCAAUGGCAUGUAAAAAACACUAAUUUAUUCUGAUAUAUAAAUUACGAAACAAAAAUCCAUAUAAAGUUUUUACUUUUAACGUUACAAUUUAAUAUGACUAAAAUGAGUACACAGCAGUUUUAAUAAAAAUACUUAUGGUUUUAAUACAAAAGUAAGAAAAGAAAAAGAAAAACUAUCUUUCUUAUCAAAUUCA